AUCCAGUUCAGUAUAUUGCGCCGAUCAGACAACAGGUUUCAUCCAUGAGGUUCACAUUUUUGAUAAUAGUCAUUGCAGCCAUGCAAUACAUCGCUGAUCCUGGAUCAACCUGCAGAACACGACUUGCACCUAUAGGACCACGCCUGCUGACUGCUAAAGCUACUUUUGGUGAAUUCAUGCGAAGGUGUACCAAAGAAAUGCAUGCGUAUGCAAAAACUGUUCCACCAGAAAAGGUAAAUCAGCUGGUACCAAUUGUAUGCUCUAUGUACAACACGUGCAUUUCGCUGGCUGAGGAUAAGAACCUGAAACCGGUACUUGAUUGUAUCCAUUCUAUGCUGAUGAAUAAGAGUUCUUUACUGUAUACGAAGCUACACUUGCCGAUUGAGUACACCAACACUGGAGAGAAAGCUUUGGUGUGCAUCUCUAACGCACUCGAAAGUACCGAUGCUGCAAUAUAAGCUGUAUACGACACAACUGCACUUAUGGGGGUGGUAAUCUUCACCUAUGGAUAGACGUGAAGGAAAAUAUCUCGGAAACAUAUGGCUUUCAAGAAACGGAUUCGGAUCAUUCACGACUUCGUUCAAGAUUUAAAUGCGUACACUUGUCGCAAUAAGAAGCAAAGAAGUUGAAUAUAACGGAUGUAAAAAAAUGA